CGCCCACCAAAUUCUUCCUUUCGGCUCAUCGGCCUCACCUCGCUUCAACACCCUCCAACACCCGGGAAUCCUCCGACAAUCAGCCAUCGCGACGGCCGCAACCAUUCAAACCAGUCGAGUCCAGCGCCAUUCUCAAGGGUCCCGCUUACGGAAUACCCCAGCUCCGCCAAACGAGCUCCGUGCUCCGCUGCAGGCCGGCACAGCCUGGCAGCUCGCCGCCAUGUCCGGCUCACCACCUCCACCAUCACCAAACUCCCAUGCGACGGCUCACGCGUACGCGAGCAAUGGGCUCGAGAUGCUCCAGGCCGCCAGCGAUGCGGCCCACGCUAUCAAUCACCACAUUAACAGUCCCCAAGCUCUUCAACAUGCCGCCGUAGCUGCCGCCGAAGUCGUGGGCCACCAACAACCACAUGCGCCUAUGGAUCCUCCAGACGGCAUGCCUCAUGCGACCGAGUUGCCUACUCAGCUUAUACCUGGAAAUGGAGCUGUCAUGCGCGACCCGACCAUUAACCCGAAGCUCACUCGACUUCGGCGGGCCUGUGACAUGUGCAGUAUGCGCAAGGUCAAGUGCGACGAUAGUAACAUACCGUGCCGACCGUGUCGAGAGCUGGGUGUAGACUGCACCUACAACCGCGAGACGAAGCGUCGGGGACCACCCAACAAGCAUGCCGAGGCCGCAAAAGCCGCCAAGCGCUCGCGGGUCGAAGUGCCAUCGGCGGCGACUGCAGCGGUGGCAGCUGCUGUAAUCGGAUCUUUGUCUCCAUCACCGCAGACUGCCGCGAAGACUUUGAUGAACAUCUCCACCGAUAAUGUUGAUGCCGAAUACAUUGCGCCUAUGCCAGUAUUGGAACUGCUGGUCGACGACUUCUUUACCUAUAUCCACCCGCUUGCGCCAUUUCCACACGAGCCUACGUUUCGUCAGUCAUUCGCCAACCGUGAAGACCGUACAAAGCCCGAGUUUCUUGGUUUGCUGGCGAGUAUGAUCUGUGCCCUUGUCGCAUCCUUCCCACGAAGUGCGAGAGAACAUCUCAAGGCACAACACAGUACCCAUCUGUUUCCUCGAGCUAUCGUCAUGGUUGAAAGAUGCCGUGAGAUUGCCUUGAUUACACGUGGAAACAAGUGGCAACUCAAACAGCCAAAAACUCUGGACGAUGCCGCGACCAGCUACUUCUUGGGAUUGGCAUCGGGAUACACGCAUCAGUGGAACGCUUCUGGUCAAUUCAUGGCCGAGACCCUGACCCUCCUCCGCGAGCUGGGAUUCAGCCGGCCCAAGCACCCUGGUGAUUUGCCGACAUUUGGUAAUGACAACUGUUCGCCAGAUCCUCUUCCUUUCAACCAUGUCAAAGAUCAGAUCGGGAAGCGAAUCUUUUACUGCCUUCUUCUUGGCGUACGAUCCUUUUCUCAGCUUGGUGCAUCUUCUGCAGACAUGGUGAUAGCACCAUCAACACCCAGUCUCCCCUACCCCGCAUACCCGGAAAACGUUGAUGACAUCUGUGUUCUCGCCAAUGAAGUCAUUCACCAACAGGAUGGCAGUGUUACUCUGUUGACAGGCUUCCGUUUUGCUAUAGACAUUUACACUACUAUGAAUGGUAUUGUCAGUCUUGAGCUGGCUUAUGGUAUGAGCACGCUUCCCUGGGCGGACCAGCGCAUUUUGCUUCGAGAUGGUCUUAUUGCAGCCAAAAGCAUCACCGACAACCUGCCACCAGAGUUGCAGCUUGGAGACCAUGGUGUCGAAGCAAAUACCAUGGUCAGUCUUGAUGAUUCUGGCAUGCAAUACGUGCCUCCUGCAUGGCCCAACAGCCAGCCUGCCCACGAUCUUCGAAAUGUGAUCAAGAACCAACCCGCUCGGCGCAGGCAUCUUCAGUAUGAGAUCCAAAAAGCCAACAUCUUCGUCUCACAACUCGCUACACGUUCGUAUUUCGUCGAAAUGUACUUUGACCUACGGGAUGUCCACAUGGGAGAACAACGACAGGAAAACAACCCCAUCGAGGGCCAUUCGGAGGAGGAAAAGGCUGCACAGGAUGCUGACGAGAAGGAAAUCUACGACUUCAUGUCGGAAGAGCGGGAACUGAUUGUGCAAAAUCUUCUCACAGUUUUGGGGUCGAUCUCGCAACGAAACAUGGAGCCGAAUGGUGGAUCACUCAUCAACAAGAUCCGACAGGUUGCAUCGACACUUUUGAACGACGCACCUGAACGAAAGGGACCUUUUGCGGUGAAAUCAGAGGAGGCGUUAUCACAGUUGAUCAACAUUUUGGUCAAGCUUGAAAAGACGGGUGCUGGCACUGGAGGUGGCAUCGAUACGCAUGCACAGGAUCCGUCACAGAUGACACCGCAGGAUGAGGAAGAGGAGUUGCGACACUGGGCAGACCUUCGAGACUACCAGUUGCGCUUCGCAGCGAAUGGCGGGUUUGCUGGGAAUCUGUAGCCCAUUGGGGUCAAAAAGAUGAACCGAUGCGAUGAAGCGAGGUGUUGUAUUACUACAGAGGGUAAUGAGAAAGACGUGGUGUCGAUUUGAGGCAUCAUCUAUGUAUGAUUAUGAGACAGCGCAGAAGAUGAUCGGAGGGGGGUUAGCGAGUCCUGUAACAGCUAUAGCGCGUAUUGCAGCUUCAUGUUUUUAUCCCAAAAGUAGAUACUAAGAAUAGGUAUUAGGAGAAGCAUUGCGCAAGCUAUAGAACCACUGACUAUGAUCUCGUUCCCCUGUGCUGUAGAAUUGUUAUGAUGUCAAGAGUGUAAUUCACAAGUAUGAAGAAAAGGCCGAAAGUCAGGGACAGCUUUGACAAAGCCAGAG